GGGUACGAGCGUGUUUUGUUAUUGCGAUGUAUCUAUCAAAAUGGCUGAAGACGUUCAUAUCGAAGGAUACGAUGAAGAUUUGGUCGAAAAUUCCUUCUUCAAAUACAUUCAGAAUAAACACAAACCUUUAUACGAAGAAGCUACAGAGCAAAGAUGGACGAUUUGUAUCCCUCGAAUAGGCACCCUGUCGAGAUCUAACCACACCCUACAGGACGUAGAGAACCAUAUCCUCAAGACAACUGACAAGUCUUCUAGCAGCUACAAAACACUCAAUGAUAAGACUGUUCAAGUAAAUGAGGGGUUCAUUGUUACAACAGAGGGAUUUAAAGAUGUUAAGUCUGUGCGGAUCUUGUUUGAGGAAACAUUUUUCAACAAAGAAAAUGAAAGCUACCAUGUCCUCUGUCUGGAUCAACCCCUGGAAGGUGGUGUAGGUGUUAGUGCCGAGCCUGUUAUUCAAACACUUGAGCAUCUGCAAGGUUGUGUGGACUUUCUCUGGCCAUCAACUGGUACCAAACAAGGACAAAAGCAAAUUGAUGAGAUCAUUCAGCUGUUCAACUCCACUUAUCAGCAGCUAGAAGGAGAGUCUCUUAGGCAUCUUAUGGAUGCCGCAAAUGCCAUCUACACCAGAGCCAUGCAAGCUGCUCUUAAGAACUGGCAACUGCGCAAACUUGCAAAAAGCAACAAGAGUUAUCUUGACAAUGUGAAACUCGCAAUUGAGACUUAUGUGAUGCAUGGACUCCACAGUCAAUUGAUGAAGGGUAUAAGUGCCAUUUUUGGGAAUGAGGAUGCAGCACUCAACAAGACCACACGCAACCUUGCUGAAAUCCAAAUCAGGGACCUGGAAAUCAAGCCUGAGUUAUGUCAAAAUCUCCCCAGAGCGAGGAGAAUUCUCUCACUGCUGAAUAAGUUCACAAGUCCGCUUGAGAAGUUCCACUGCUUAAAGAAGUCUAUCACAAUGGUCACAGAAAGAAAACUUAAGGAGAGUGAGCAAGGCACAGAAGAUGUGGUAACAGCUGAUGACCUUCUCCCCGCCCUUGUCUUCCUAGUGAUCAAGUCCGACAUUCCCAACUGGCUGGCCAACAUAAUCUUUUUGCAUAACUUUCACUUCUCGAAAUGUGGCUACAGUGAAUUUCAGUUUUACUUGUCAUCAGUUGAGGCCGCGGUGGAGCAUGUCCGUAGUGGGUACGUCAGCAAAGAGUUCAAAGGAGGGGCUCCAUUUAAGAGGCUGACGAAUGGCAUGUCAGGGUUACUAUGGCAACACGUCGACCAUGACACUGCUAAGCCAACUGCUCUUGACGAGCUUUUUGAGUUUGCAGCGAUUGGCAAUGAGCAGAAGGUCAUGGGGUUGCUGGCCAGCAAGCAAAGUGACAAGGCGCGCCUGGAAAAGAUGUGCCAUCCCCUUUGUUCUUGUGAUAAAUGCGAGAAGCUGCUAUCAAGAAAGCGUAACGACCCAUCAGCUGUGACGGUGUUCUCCCGAGAUGACAUGGGACGCACUGUGCUGCACGUCGCGACAGAAUUCGGUCAUGCCAACCUUACAUACGCACUGAUCCACGAGGGCGCGGUGGUAAACGCGAUGGACUACCAUGGGACUACCCCGCUUCAUCUCGCUUGUCUUCGCGGACACAGUAGAGUGGUGCUGUUGCUUUUACAUUACAAUGCAGAUGCUAAUGCGCCUGACAAUGAUGGGAACACACCGCUGCACCUCUGCGCCGCAAAUGGGCAUGGACAGUGCCUCAAGUCGAUGCUGUACUGGGAUAUGCGCCUCAACGUGCUCAAGAUGAACGAGGGAAAUGAGAACGGAGACACUCCACUUCACCUGGCGGCCCGAUGGGGAUAUGUUGACAUUGUGGAACAACUUAUAGAGAAAGGAGCUUCUGUACAAGCAAGAAACAAAAACAGGAACACACCACAGCAAUGUGCCUAUAACCAGCAGGUGAGCGAUAUCCUCGAGGAAGCGAAUCCAGCCAACAACGACAUCGAGUCCGACUUCAUGUUCGUUGACAAGACCUCUCGCUCCCUGGACAUUCCUGUUGGCCCAACACAGAGCAGCCUUGUAGGCUCCGCUGCGAGCUCCUUAGAAAGAUCACCAGUGAAGGAGGUGGACGUGUUCCUCCGUACAGUAGCAGACGGCGACCUCGCCAUGGUACGCUACCGGCUGGGUGUGGACGAGGAUGAAGAAGACGAGGAAGGGGAGGAGAGACGCUGCCGAUCAGAACAGGACCUCUGCCACCCUUUGUGCCAAUGCGACAAGUGUAGCAAAUGGCAAAAGUUGACCCAGCGAUCGCUGGCGCGCGCAGUGCAUGCAAAUUGUACUAAUGCUGACGGCAUUACCCCACUACACGUGGCAGCCGUGCGCGGCUACGAGGACAUCACCAGUCUCCUGUUACGACACGGGGCCAACCCCAGCCACAGGGAUACCAGACGUCAACAAACGGCGCUGCACCUUGCCUGCCAGUACAAUCAUGCAAACGUCGUUGAGCUACUGUUGAACCACAAGGCCAAGAUCAACGUCAAGGAUUGUCAUGGCAACACGCCGCUACACUUCUGCUGCAUCAAUGGUCACGUGGGGCCCGCCAUUGUCUUACUCCAGUGCAAAGCCAAUGUAGACGUGGUUAACGAUCGAGGAAACACGCCACUCCAUGAGGCCGCCAGGUGGAACUUUGUGGAGUUGGUUCGGCUUCUACUUAGGUAUCGCGCGUCUGUGAUUAUGAGAAAUAAAAUGCAGCUGACGCCUAUGCAAUAUGCCAAGCACGAUGACGUCAUCAAAGUGUUGGAAGACGCGAAAAGAUGGGCUGCUAGUCUUUCUGCCAGAUCAUCCAGCUGGACCGGCUCGGCAACCAAGCAAGCAUCCAAAGCAGAAUCACUUGAAGUUCAAGGAAUAGUAAGCGGUUCUCCACCAAAGAAAAAGAUAUCCGACAGCCACGUCACACGCUCAGUCCAGACCUCCAGCACAAGCGCUCAACCGAAGAGGACUGGUCCUGGGACUGUUGUUUAUAGUUCCAAGACUGGUUUGGAUGGUAGUCACGUGGGCGAUCCUGUUGCCUCGAGUCGACCUCGCGCUGUGUCUGAUGAAAGCAUGUGUGACACAAGUAUUGCGGCGCCGCAGACAAAGAUGAGCCAAAUCUUCGAGCAGCUCGAGGGAGGGGAAAUCGAAAAGCUGCAAAAGAUAGCUAAAGCCGUCAGGGCCUUUGACAGGCGCAAAUCGCUCAAGCACAUCGUGACUGUGGACAAAAGUUCUCCAAUGUUGACCCUUCACCAGCAGCAGGGAUCCGUUGACUUCGAUAAAACAGGUUUCUUCAAACCACUACGUGACGAGAGAUCCUCUAGACAAAAGUCAUCAGCCGGGCGCCUUCUGGAGCAAGUACGGAGAUCCGCCGCCUUGCAAGUCGACGAAGACGUAGAACAGGAGUCCGGGUUGGAGUCGCGUCUUGAGCGGGUCCGGCGGAUUGCUCAAGGGUGUGGCACCGAUGAUGCUCAAGAUCAUGGAUCAAAAGGGCUUCGAGCAACUGCUGAUAGUGGUACGAGCGCUAUUAGUGACUCCAGUAAUAGUUCAAGUGAGAAUGAGGACCAGCUUGUGGGGUUAUCUGCCGCAAACGAGAAAGAGCUCGAGAGGCAACUAGCGGAUGCAGCACGGGAAAGUCCACCUCUGCAAGAAAACAAGUUAUCCUCCUACACGGAUAACAGUCAACACAAAGGGUUUGAGCUACCAAGUACGGAUCACUCAGCAUGUCGUGCAACAGAGCACGCGCAAGUAGUUGAACCCUCACACGCUAACAUGCAGGUAGCAGGUGAAGAACACGUGCCAACUUGUAGAAAACACGUGCUCUCCGAAACCUUCGAUCACAAGCAAGUAGAUAGUACCGUGCAGGUAGCAGCUAAAGUACACGUGCUCCCUGGAUCUUGCUCUCUAACUCUUGGUCAGGGGCAAGUAGAAUAUUCAUAUGGACUCCGCGACGUUGUUCAAGCUUCUGAAGGAACAAGCAUGCAGGUGACACGUGAAGAGCACGCGCCUUCCGAGACCUUUAACCCGGAACAAGUAGACGAAUCUCCGGAGAAACUCCGAAAUGUCGAGCAAGCGUCUGAAGGAACAAGGAUGCAGGUGACACGUGAAAAGCACGUGCCUUUCGAGACCUUUGACCAGGAGCAAGUAGACCAAUCUCCGAAUAGACUCCAAAGCCUUGUUCAAGCGUCUGAAGCUGCUUGCAUGCAGCCAGCGAUUGAAGAUGAUCCGAGUUCAGCUGUAUCUACAACCUUUGGCGAAUCAGAUGACUUCACUGUGCUAGUUUCUGUUGGGGAAGAAAGUGUCCCUGUUGAGCAGGUUGGUGGAUGUGGAAGGGAGUCGGACCAAGCUCAAGACGAACUUACUGUGGUGCUGUCUGUAGGAGAAGUGGACGAUAGCUCCAAGGACGAACAGGAAAAAGAAAUUGGGGCAGGGAAAACCGCCGGACAGGUUUCAUUGCCUCCCACGCUAGAACAAGUGGCUGAAGUGCAAGACCAAGGAACUGUUUUACGUGAUCCAGGACCCCUUCGUAAAGCUUUAGUCCAGGAUUCUUUCACCCAAGACUCGCAAGAGCUCGUCACGCAAGAUUUGGAACAGGAGUCUGUCACGCAUGAACGUGACCAAGUGUUUGUCAUGCAAGGUACGGAACAAGAGCCUGUCACGCAAGACUCGAACCAAGAGCCUGUCACGCAAGACUUGAACCAAGAGUCUGUCACACAAGACUCGACCCAAGAGCCUGUCACACAAGACUCGAACCAAGAGUCUGUCACACAAGACUCGACCCAAGAGCCUGUCACACAAGACUCGACCCAAGAGCCUGUCACACAAGACUCGAACCAAGAGUCUGUCACACAAGACUCUAACCAAGAGCCUGUCGCGCAAGACUCGACCCAAGAGCCUGUCACGCAAGACUCGACCCAAGAGCCUGUCACGCAAGACUCGACCCAAGAGCCUGUCACGCAAGACUCGACCCAAGAGCCUGUCACGCAAGACUCGACCCAAGAGCCUGUCACGCAAGACUCGACCCAAGAGCCUGUCACGCAAGACUCGACCCAAGAGCCUGUCACGCAAGACUCGACUCAAGAGUCUGUCACGCAAGACUCGACUCAAGAGUCUGCCAACCAAAACUCUGAGCUAGAGGGUCUGACACAAGACUCAUUGCCAGUUGCUCCCUCGCAAUAUUCGGUGCCCGAGGGCUGAACCACGUAGUGCUGCCAGCGAAAUAUGAUUCAAAUCAGAACUCGCGGAAGCAUGCCGCGAGAAAGAUUUAUGUCUGUUUUGAGUAUAAUAUAUAGAAACAUUAGAAAUUUGGAAUUUCACAAGAAACACUGACAAUUGAUAUCCAGAAAAUUACCUAGAAUACAUGGGAACCUUGAAAGCUACUCAGAAUACAUUGGGAAUUGUGCAAUUUAUCCAGAAGACACUGGAAAUCUUGAAAUUUUUACUCUUAAAAUUUGUGUAGAAUCACAAAAAAACUCGCAAUACUGUUCACAUGUGGUUGGUAGGUAGUCUAGCCCCUACACAAAAUUUUCUUUCACUUGUUAUCGUUACUUUAGAUACUGUGAGAAAGAGGAAUCAAAAGUGAUAAACGCGAAGCAGGUCUUCCCGACAUCCUCUGUGACAAAAACAGUUUUAGAGAUCGUGUCAAUGAAAACUGCUAAUCCCACAACCUAAAUAACUGGUUUUCUUACAACCUGAAUAUUAAAAACUGAAUGAGUGGUUUUCUCACAGCCUGAAUGAGUGCUUUUUUUACAGUCAGUGAAUGACUGGUUUGCUUGCAACCUGAAUGACUGAGUUUUUUAUAACUUUAAUUGGUGGCGACGGCAGCGCGGCCGCGGUUACAAAGUGACAGGCGACGGCUAGGACAACGCGAUCGAAAAAGAUGUUUUAGCGCGUGGCGAUCAAUAAUAAUUUAAUUGCAAUGGAAUAAUCAAAACAUUAUAGUCAGAGAGAGAUAAAAAUAAACUAAAACAUUAUUUCUACAGCGGCGAACGUAAUUAUUGGAGUUUACAGUGCAAACGUCAGCGUUAUCAAUUGACCGUGAAACUUGGAGUUUUCACGUCGUGGUUUUACGGAAAACGGUUGAAAUGUAUCAGACAGAACGCAUUCCCACGUGCUGCUAUGGAAUUCUGAAUCAAAUUUCAUUGUUUCCUGCCAUCGGCGUCCGCGUUGCCGUUGUCGUUGCUUAAGGUCCCUAAUAAAGGGGGAUUGAGCAGCCUAGAAUCCGGGGUAAGAACGCGUGGGACUGGGCCGGGAAAAGAGUUACAAAGUCAAAAGUGUAUAUGAAUGUCUAGUAUUAUAAUUAUAUGUUGAAAUAUAAAAAAUCUAUGUAUGACAA